AAUGCCUUGAGGACUUCUCGCAUGACGGAAGUUGUGUUCAUGGGGUCGGGUAGAAGAUAGUGCUGAAAGACUCAAAAGAGUGAAACUUCCCCAAAUCCGAGUUGGUACGGUCUCAGUAACACUCUUAACAACAGUUUUGGCUAGCUUGAGUCUCAUUUGAAUAUUAGAUCCAGCGGUUUGAGUCGCUCCGGGAGAACAGAGCAUAAGAACCCAGAUGUCACGACUACGCCCGGCUUCCGAGCCCCGGCACCGGACCCGGCGCUCAUCGGAUCGGGUCAUUCCCGUCGCCAGAAUACCACAGCUUUCCCGGCCGUAUCUUCUCGAAUGGAGUACACAAAAUUGUCGGCAGAAAGAAUUACUCAAUGUUGAAGAGUUUCAAGAAGAGAUGCUGGCGGUGGAAAGGCCAGGAUGGCGGAAGUUGGCUAUUGUAAGAGGUGAAUGCGAUAUGGGUGUUCUAAUAGGGAUGGAGUUGGAUAAGAAAAGGGGUGGAUGGGUUUGGGAGUUCCCUGAGACGGAGAUCAGAAGAAGGAAGCCUGAAGAGGAGGAUGGCGAGACGAAAGAGAAAGACGAUGAUGACGGGUCUGAUGAGGAUGAGGGAAUCAGAAUAUGUCGCGCAUCACUCAUGGUCAAGGAACAACUCCCUAUUCUUCUCCUCGAUGGUCUUCCGUUUCGAAUAUCCCCACGACCCUAUCGACCUUCAAGAGUACCAGGUAAUACACGUCCAGACGGCAAAGCAUCAAGCAAGCGCCCCCCAAAGCGAUCCGGCCUGGAAGAUUCCCUCUGGCAAGCCCUCGUCGAUAUCCGCCCGAUAGAGGACCUAGUCGCAGAGCUCAUCUACGAUAUGUGGCUACAGACACUCGACUCCCUACCGCCUCUCGGAUCUGACUCCGUGGAUGUUCAGUGGACUAUCGCGCGAGCCCUUGAGACCAAUGCCGAUAUUACAAGAAGCAUGGAGCGACGAGGAGAGUUCAGUACCAUAACGUCCACAGACUGGUCAAAUCUUGCAGAACGUUUACAAAGGCGCAUACAACUCUCUGUGACCGUUGCUCUCCAAGCACAUGCUCAGCAAGCCCAGGACGACCCCAAGGAUUCAAACUCAAGAAGUCUGGAUCGAAUAGCAUAUCUAGGAGGCCUCUUGCUGCCCCUGACAGUUGUAUCAGGGAUUCUGUCAAUCCAAAGCUCAUAUGGUCCGGAGGGUAAAUCAUUUUGGGUCUUCUGGCUUGCAUCAGGGCUUUCUUCCCUCCUCGCCAUCCUCAUCAUUUACGCAGACCAUCUGAGAACGUUGGAUGUGUGGAUGGAAGUUGCAGCAAGUGAGAUUCUGGACCUGGACCACAAUAAACGAUUCCAGGCGAAUAGAAUCCCACGUCGACGAGAAUAUUAUAGCAGUGGCGAUCCCGAACGGGGAGAAGCCAAGUUGACGACAGCAUCGGAUGGAGGCGUGUAUGUUGUGCAACAUCGGGGAGAUGGAACGAGAGGCAAAGCUUGGAGGAGAGGGGAACUAGGUUGGCUUGGGGCGAUGAAGAAGAUGUCAGGAUGGUAUCGAUGGAGGGGAAGUCCAGGGAUGGAGUUCAGGAUGCCUGGUUGGGAGAGGAAGGUAAAGAACUUGGUGUGGUGA